UUUAGAAUUCUGGGAAGUGUGGCAGAAACAGUGGUCCCUCCUGGGAAGGAAAACAGUUUAAACUUGAAUGUUUGGUGUUUCCUGGUUUUUGCUGAUUCUUGAGGCCCUGGAAUUCACCCCCAAAAGAAUUCAAACACACAGAUUGCAGCCAAAUCUUUUCAAGGAUUAGUCAUCAGUGACUCAUAAUUAUGCCUCAAGAAAAAGGCCUAAACUUCCAGUAUUCCCUUGGGACCUGACAAUGUCUUUGUAUUAUGGAAUUUCUUAUGGGAGAAAAAUUUUAUGGUGCUGUAGGUUGCUGUCAACCUAUGUCAACAAGACACAGUAUUUAUUUGAACUAAAAGAAGAUGAUGAUGCAUGUAAAAAAGCCCAACAGAAAGGAGCAUUUUACCUCUUUCAUAGACUGGCUCCUUUGCUUCAGACAGCAGAACAUCGAUACACAGUACCCCGGCUUAGCCUACUAGAGGUAAAAAGACUCCUGGAUAAGUUUGGACAGGAUGCACAAAGAAUAGAAGAUUCUGUGCUGAUUGGAUGCUCUGAACAGCAUGAAGCAUGGUUUGCUCUGGAUCUAGGUCUCAAUGGCUCCUUUUCCAUACAUGACUCCUUACCAAAAUCAGAAAUGGAGACAGAGCUCAAGGGGUCUUUCAUUGAGCUGAGGAAGGCUGUCUUUCAGCUGAAUUCAAUGGAUUCAUCCUUGCUAUUCACGGCCCAGGCUCUUCUCCGAUGGCAUGAUGGUCAUCAGUUCUGCAGCAGAAGUGGGCAGCCCACCAAGAAGAAUAUCGCUGGCAGCAAGCGUGUGUGUCCUUCCAAUAACAUCAUCUAUUACCCACAGAUGGCUCCUGUUGUGAUUACUCUGGUGUCAGAUGGGACCCGAUGCCUACUUGCGCGCCAGAGCUCCUUUCCCAAAGGAGUAUAUUCUGCCUUGGCAGGCUUUUGUGAUAUAGGGGAAAGUGUGGAAGAGGCUGUGCAGCGGGAAGUUGCAGAAGAGGUGGGACUGGAGGUGGAAAGCAUGCAGUACUCUGCAUCUCAGCACUGGCCCUUUCCUAACAGCUCGCUCAUGAUUGCUUGUCAUGCAACUGUGAAACCAGGGCAGACAGAGAUCCAGGUGAACUUGAGGGAACUAGAGGCAGCUUCCUGGUUUACUUAUGAUGAGGUGACCACAGCACUGGGGAGAAAGGGCCCCUAUAUUCAGCAACAGAAUGAGACUUUCCCAUUCUUGAUGCCCCCAAAGUUAGCCAUUGCCCACCAACUGAUUAAGGAGUGGGUGGAAAAACAGACAUGUGCUUCCCUGCCUGCUUAGCUCAAGCCAUCGAGAUCUCUCCUGGAUAUUGCUGAAGGACAUACUGGAGACCUACUGUAAAGGGGAGGUGGGGCUGGGGAUGUAGCUCAGUGGCAUUGUGCCUGCCUUGCAAGCACAAGGUCCUGAGUUCGAUCUCCGACACCAAAAAAACAAAACAAAAAACAAAUAAAGGGGAGGUGACAAAAGGACUGGCUCUAAGCCAGACAUGAUGGCACAUGCCUGUGGGAGGCUAAGACAGGAAUGAUUGUAAGUUUAAACCCAGCCUGGGCAACUUAGGGACUUAGAAAGAUGCUGUCUCAAAAAAAAAAACCAAACCAACUCAUAGUAAGGCAGAAUAGGUGAGCCUAAGGCAAGACCUUUUUUUUUUUGGUACCGGGGAUUGAACAUGGGUCCCCGUGCUUGUGAGGCAGGUGGCAGAACCGCUGAGCUAAAUCCCUGGGUCUUGGCAAGACUUUGUCAGCAGUGUUUCCUACUAAUGAGCAAUUAAAAAUACCAGUGUGAGCAAUUAAAAAUACCAGUGUAAGCAACAUGUGGUGGCACAUGCCUAUGGUCGCCACCACUUGGGAGGCUGAGGUAGGAGAACUGCUUGAGUCUAUGAGUUCAGGGACUAUCUAGACAAAGCUGCCAGACCCCAUGUUUUAAAAACAAACAAUGUGAGAGAAAAAACUGAAACAGUUCUUGAACCUUAUGGGAUAAACUAAAUUUAAGAUUCAUCAUUCAUACCUUGUCAUAAUGGAAGUGUUUAUUUGAGGGAAAUAAAUCUCCAUACCUUUGUUCAGA